AUGUCAGCAUCUGAACCAGCGCUUGUUGAGAUAUUCGAGGAUCCUGAACCAGCCGAGCAAGAGACCACUAACAAGUCCAGAGUCCCAGCUGAGAGUGCUCCCGGCACUACUGUGUUGUCACAGCACAGCUUCGACAGCAAAUCUAGCGAGUUGAGUUCAUCUCAGGACUUCUCUGACAACGACGAGGAGAAUGACCCAAUCAUCUUCUCCUUCGGUCCAGGUGGUGCCAAUCUACUACCAAGAAUGGCUGCCGUCAACGCUGGCACCUCGCCUAUUCGACCUUCCACCAAAGCACCUCGCCUUCCUCAUUCAGAGCCGUUGAAACCCAUCUCCUCUCCACUACAAGCUCAAUCCCGAUUUGCCGACUUCGACAUUCGAAGUCAUGUGAUAAAUCAACUAGCUUUUUCUCGUCUCUCCUCAUUGCCAAUUUCAACCAUUAUCAGCCAUCUACCUCAUGAUGUUCAGAGCAUCUCAACUGAUGAGCUAAAACAAAUCAUUCAAGACACACCGUGUGUCGGUGAGGUAGCCCGGGAAGGAAAGGACGCUGCAGGAAAAGUAUUGGAGAACGAAUUCUACUACAUCCCUGAUGAGGACGAUGAUCUCAAUAGAAAACAAGCUGUCGUUAACGACUUGAGAAAACCAGGCCUACGAGCUUGUCGCAGACAACAUAAGCAAUACUAUUGGAAGAAGCCCAAAUGA